GCAGGCUCCGCGCGGCGCCUGCGUGCUCUGUGACCUUUCCCAUUCUGUCGCGGAAUCUAGUGUGGCCUUGAUCCCGCUGAGAUGCUUCAAAGCUUUAUUAAGAAGGUCUGGGUCCCCAUGAAACCCUACUAUACCCAGGUUUACCAGGAAAUUUGGGUAGGAGUGGGGUUGAUGUCCCUCAUCGUUUAUAAAAUCAGGAGUGCUGAUAAAAGAAGUAAAGCUCUGAAAGGCUGCAGUCCUGCGCAUGCCCAUGGCCAUCACUAACUGCUCCCCCAGUCCACUCAGGAUGAAUACGUCAGCUGAACUUAAGCAAGCUGUGUAGAUGGGAACAUGGAACAUCACUGUACAGUUACCUAAGUACCGUUUACAAUGUGGCAUUAAUAAAUGUGUCUGAGAAGCACCACUCCCUGUGAAUACCACUGUCUGCUCCCCUGAAUAAAUCCUUGGUAAAGCGGCCGGCUCCAUCAGAACCUCUGAGACGACUUCCUUAGGGAUCCUGAGGACCAAGAAGCAGUGUUUGCUGCCCUAAGAUUGGACAUCAGGAUCUAGUGUUAACUUUGAUAUUAUUAACUAAUAAUAUUCAAUAAUUAUUUGCCAAAUGGUUUUGCUUCUGCCUA